CCUCCCACUUUCCCCUCCCCUCACAUCAACCCUCCCAAGUGCCAAUUACCCACAACCUAAACAUACACACCCACACCCAACUCUACAAUAUCCGUCUCACAAUGGGCACAACAAUGGAAGCCGCCCCCGUCCUCUCGACGCCCGACGACCGAAUCCUCGAAUCGACCGACCCCAUCACGCCCCACGACUCGAACCGUGCUCUCUCCGACGAAGAAUUCGCCAUCACUUAUGAUAUCGAACGCACGUUAAAGGAGAUCCGUCAGGCGCGGUAUAAGCGUAUCGCGCUGCAAUUUCCGGAUGAGAUGCUCCCGGAUGCGCCGAGGGUGUUUCAGCUUUUGAGUCGUGGGUUGGAUUUGGAUAUAAGGGGUGGGAAGAAUGGAGGCGUGGAGGAGGUGGUUGAGGAAGUAGCUCAGUUGAAGGUGGAUGAAAAGGAACCGGCGCCAAGGUUGUAUAUCCUGGCGGAUACGUCCUACGGAACAUGUUGUGUGGAUGAGGUGGCGGCGGAACAUGUGGAUGCGGAUGUGGUGGUGCAUUAUGGUCGGUCGUGUUUGUCGCCUACUGCGCGGUUACCCGUCAUCUAUGUGUUUACGCACAAGUCUCUGGCGCUGGAGAAGGUGGUGAGUGCCUUUAAGGAGACGUAUCCGGAUCGCGCCAGUAAGGUGAUUCUGGCGGCGGAUGUCACCUACUGUGAUCAUGUCCCGGAGGUGUAUGCGCGGUUGGUGGAGGAGGGUUAUACGAAUCUGUUUGCGACGGAGGUGCUGCAUAAUCCCUCGUCGGCGAUUCCUAAUCGGACGGUUCCUGUGUCUGUGCAGGAGAAGCCGGAGGGGUUGUCCGAGUGGCAGCUUUUUCACAUUUCCGAUCCGCCGACGGCCCUGCUCCUCACCCUUGCGUCUCGCGUGGCGGCUAUCUACAUUUAUCCUACGGACGCGACGGGCGACUCUGUCAAGCCCUUGGCCGCGUCUACUACGGCGACCUUGCGUCGUCGCUAUGCCCUCUUGACGUCCCUGAAUACCGCUCCGAUCUUUGGCAUCCUGGUCAACACGCUGAGUGUGAAGAACUACUUGCAUAUUGUGGACCAUGUUCGGGAGCGGAUUGCGGCGGCCGGGAAGAAGAGUUAUCUGUUUGUGGUGGGCAAGUUGAAUGCUGCCAAGGUCGCCAAUUUCAGCGAGAUUGAGGGCUGGGUGAUGAUCGGGUGCUGGGAAAGCUCCCUGGUCGACAGCAGGGAUUUCUGGAAGCCGAUCAUCACGCCGUCGGAGUUGGAGCUGGCGCUUCAAGGGGACGCGGAGCGGGUCUGGACGGGAGCCUGGCAGAGUGACUUUCAGAGCGUCCUGGAUCGGUCAGCCGCCGAGGCCCAGGACACCACGGCAAACGGGGAGACAGGAGAAGAGGACGAUAUGUCGGAACCCGAGUCCGCACCGCCAGAGUUCGACCUGCGCACUGGCCGGUAUGUUUCGCAUUCUCGGCCCAUGCGGAACGCUGCACCCCGCGUUUCUGCUUCAGAAGAUGCCGCCUCAUCUGCUGGUGGGCCAUCUGCAGCGCGGGCCCUCGCCAGACGAGCCAAAGGCGAUGUGGCGAUGAUCGGCGGGACCUUUUCGCCGGGAGCGGAAUUCUUGCGGUCGCAACGGACGUGGAAGGGGCUGGGAAGUGAUUUUGAUAUCCAGUACGAGGACGAGGACGCGGCGGACAGCACACUGGUGGUGGAAGGGCGCAAGGGCAUUGCAAGGGGAUACACGGUGGGCGAGGCAAUAAACCGACACUAGUUAGGCAUCUCCUGGCGCAGGAAAAGGGAGAAGGGAUUCAUUCAGUGUUGGGCGACCGUUGGAGCAGGCAAAGCCGGUUGGCCGAACUAGUCGGGCAAACUAGUGGUUUCCUGCCCUACUGCGAUAUGGGCAGCGGGCAGAGGGAAAAGGUUCAAUAUUCAAUAAUCAUCCGACGAUCAAUAGUCUCCCCACUGUUCUUAGAGGAAACCCAGAACCCACCGAGUAUCCUCUCAACCCUAGGGAUCAUAUG